CUAUUUAAGUUUUACAUGUAAUUUAUUAAACUACGAAAUUUGGAAUAUAAUGAUUGGAAUGAAAAAUCAACUGGCGAUUAUAUUCGUUUCUAAUAUACUUAUAAAUAUGUUUUCUACCUGUAGAAAUACUUAGUUUUCAUUUCUUAAUACAAAUAUUUACCCUUAAUACUAAAUCUUUCACAAAAAAUAUUAUAAAAUUCUAAUUUGGUUUACUUAGAAUUGUAUAAUAUUAAUGAUAUAUUUUCAGAGGUCCAAUAGCAGCAGGAGGCUUACAUGAUAUAUUUGAAGUUAUGCCGUGAGUAAAAUAAUGUUUAGUUUCAGACUGUAACAUGUGAUUUGAUGUUCAAAUGUGCAAUGUAAGCCUUCGUUGCUGUUGGAUACUGAAACUUCAGUAUUAUGAAAAGUAUUUAAGUCUAUGCCUCCAGAUUUUUAUUUAAGAAUAUAAAUAUCAAAGAUGGAUAUAUAUUGAUCAAUAUUUAAAGUGGUUUCGGCAUUUUUAUGUAUUUGCAAGUAUCUAUCACACACUUUUAGCUUGGAUACUAUAUAAAGUUUAUUUUCAGAGACAACCGCCUCCUCUAAUUUCGAAUAUUCUGGUUAGAUUCUUUUUGAAUACAGGAAUGGUUCCUUCAGUUAUACCAGAGGCUGUUGUUAUUUCUAUGGUGCUGAUAUUAUUACAUGUUUAUCGACGAUUUUAUGAAUGCUAUUUUGUUUCUGUCUUUUCAAAUGCAAAAAUGAAUUUACCACAUUAUAUUUUUGGUUACUGUUUUUAUUUUGGGGUUGGUCUUUCUCUUCUCUCAGAAGCUCCAGGUUUCACAAAGCCAGGUGGCUUAAAGGAUAUUAAUUUUUCUCAAAGUUGGUUAAAAGUAAAUCAUUUGAUUGGAAUAACACUUUUUUUAUGGGCUUGGUAUAAUCAACAUAAAUGCUUUAAAAUUCUUGCAGAAUUAAGAAAAAAUAAUAAAGGUGCAAUUGUAUCAGCUAAAUAUUUGAUUCCAAACGGACAUUUAUUUGAAAAUGUGACAAAUCCACAUUAUCUCUAUGAGAUAAUUUUAUAUUUUGCAAUAUUAAUAAUUUUAGGUUUCAAAAAUAUAACAUGGUGGUUACUUAUGCUCUGGAUCAUUACUUCACACAUUUUGAUGGCCAUUUCCUCACACAAAUGGUAUAAAGAAAAUUUUCCAAAAUUUGCAUUAACUCGAAAAGCAAUAAUUCCAUAUAUACUGUGGUUUCAACAUUUGUAUGUAUUUGCAGGUAUAUAUCAUAUAGUGAUAGCUUGGAUUUUAUAUAAAGUAUAUUUCAAGAAACAAUCUCUUCCUUUAUUUAUAAAUAUGGUAAUCAAAUUGUUUUUGAACGCUGAAAUAACUCCUUCAGCAAUACCGGAAGCUGUCGUAAUCUCAUUGGUGUUGAUGUUACUUCAAAUUUUUCGCCGAUUUUAUGAAAGUUACUUCAUUUCUGUAUUUUCGAAUGCUAAAAUGAAUCUAAUACAUUACAUUUUUUCUUAUUGUUAUUAUUUUGGAGUGGGUCUUUCUCUUCUUUCUGAAGCACCUGGAUUUACGAAGCCAGAUGGAAUAAAAGAUAUUAAUUUCUCUAAAAAUUGGCUGAAGAUAAAUCAUUUGUUGGGUGUCGCGCUUUUCUUUUGGGCUUGGAAUAAUCAACAUAAAUGCCUUGAGACACUAGCAGAACUACGUAAAGAUAAGAAAGGUACAGUUACGACAACAAAAUAUUCAGUUCCAGAAGGUCAUUCGUUUGAUUUUGUGACUAAUCCACACUAUCUAUAUGAAAUAAUUAUAUAUUUUGCAAUAUUAAUAGUUUUAGGUUUUAACAAUGUAACAUGGUGGUUACUAUUUCUUUCGGUUUUUAGUUCUCAUAUUUUUCUAGCGGCUGCUUCACACAAAUGGUAUCAAGAAAAUUUUCCAAAAUAUGCUAAGUCUCGAAAAGCGAUAAUUCCAUAUGUAUUUUGAAGAUUUUAAUUGUGUUUACUGUAUUUCCACGAUUAAACUCCGAGAGGUUAUUAUCAUCAUAAAAAGUACGUAUUUUCCGUGCUUAUUUGAAGACACGGGCUUUUUUAGUUCGGAGUUUAUUACCUUGCAACAAAAGAUAAGUGGAUAACAAUUGAAAAAAUGCCUUAAUUACUCGUACAUUUUCAGAACUAUCAAAACUAUUUGUUGAUAGUAUUUACGAAUUAUAGCUACAACAAUUGUAAUAAUUAUUAUUUUCAUAAUUAACUCGAUUCAGUCUUCCAGUUCGGUUAAUAUGUUGUCAUUCGUGUCUGUUUCGAUGUCGUUGAAGAAAUCAAAAUCUUGACUAUUAUCUUCGGAUUUCAAAUUCACCAUCUCUUUUGGAAAGAAAGAUGAUGAGUUUGAACCAGAGUUUUCCUAAUUACUCUUUUGUUUCGAUUGAUAAGAUCAGUCGAAACAAAAGGGUAAUUAGCGACUUUCCCACGUACAAUAGCCUAUUCAACAAGUAUUUAUAAUUUUAUUUCUCAAAAGCUGUUUUCCGUGAAUCUUGGAAUAAAAAGUGCUGUUCGACUCUAGCAACUCGAAGAGGUCGAAUUUUAGUUAAACUCCUUAUCUGCCGCUCAAAAUGUACAUUAUCCUUUAACAUAUUUCCCAUGCUUUUCAAUCCGUGGUAUAAUCGAGGAAACGCUGUAUUGAUAUGUCUAUUGGUAUAUGGUAUAUAUAUAAAUUGUUUUUAAUUAAAUAUG